UUUUUGUACUGCUUUGCCUCACAUGCGCUGCCAGCCUAACCAGUAAAAAAGAAAGAAAGCAGUCCACCAUACCAUACGGAGGAGGAGAGAAGGGAAGUGAAAACGCAAUUUCUCUUCCUCUUCUCCUUCUUCCUCUCUUCUUCUCUUUCAAUUAAAACCAUAGCUUUCGAGCACCCUCAAAGACCCAAGUCACCAAACCUCGAAACGCCAUGAAAGACCAGCAUGAAAACCCUAACACCACCACCCAGCCGAAGAAAUCGAUCCCUCCUUACAUGAAGGCCAUGUCUGGUUCGAUUGGAGGGAUCAUGGAGGCUUGCUGUCUUCAACCCAUCGAUGUCAUCAAGACAAGACUGCAGCUCGACCGGACCGGUACCUACAAAGGGAUCCUUCACUGCGGAGCCACGGUUACUCGUACGGAAGGUGUCCGAGCUCUCUGGAAGGGCUUGACCCCUUUCGCCACGCACUUGACUCUCAAGUACGCGCUCCGUAUGGGCUCCAAUGCCGUUCUUCAGUCCGCCUUUAAGGAUUCCAAGACCGGCAAGAUCAGCAAUCACGGUCGGCUAAUUUCCGGGUUCGGAGCCGGGGUUCUUGAGGCUCUCGUCAUUGUUACGCCGUUCGAGGUGGUGAAAAUUAGACUGCAGCAGCAGAAAGGACUGAGUCAAGAGCUUCUUAAGUACAAGGGUCCUGUACAUUGUGCUCGCACAAUCAUCCGGGAAGAAGGACUCCUUGGGCUCUGGGCAGGGGCUGCCCCAACUGUUAUGCGUAACGGGACAAACCAGGCUGCCAUGUUUACAGCAAAAAAUGCCUUUGAUGUUUUUUUGUGGAAGAAACAUGAAGGUGAUGGUAAAGUCCUCCAGCCAUGGCAGUCUAUGAUAUCAGGAUUUAUAGCAGGUACGGCAGGUCCUGUGUGCACCGGCCCUUUCGACGUUGUGAAAACAAGGUUGAUGGCUCAAAGCAGAGAAGGUGGAAAUUUGAAGUAUAAAGGCAUGAUCCAUGCCAUCCGGACGAUUUAUGCGGAGGAAGGACUACUCGCCUUGUGGAAAGGACUAUUGCCCCGGCUCAUGAGGAUCCCUCCUGGGCAGGCCAUUAUGUGGGCAGCAGCUGAUCAGAUUAUGGGUUUGUAUGAGAGAAGAUAUCUUCACAAUGCACCCUUGUAGGUACAUUUACGUUGUUCUGCUCGUUCUGGGUUUGGAUUCUAUUGCAAGCCUUUAUAUUCAUAAAUCAUUUUGUUGAAAUUCAUUGGAGACACUAGUUUCAAGCAUGAUGAAAAAAAAAAAAAAAAAAAAAUCCUAACAUCGGAGGAUAACCAAUAUGUAGCAGAAAGGAUUAGGAUUUAGGAAGAGAAACAAUUGUGGUGGCCACCAUGAAGUUCUUUCCAUUUUCUCCCACAUGGUCCAUAAGGCCCAAUGUGGGUCCUGUAUCUGGGCCUGAAGCCCGUUGUAUAACCCCAAAAGAAAAAUUGUAAUGGAAAUUUCAUUUUUUUUCA